AUGGCGCACUUCCGCUCCCUUUUGUCACUGCUUCUCCUGCACUCGGCAUGCGCGGUGAAGGAACUCUUCACCGCCAAGGAAUUCAAAGACCUGCUGGCAGAAGCGGGCGGACGACCAAUUGUCCUGGACUUCUACAGCAUGUCCUGCGGGCCUUGUCACAUGAUCGCGCCGGUGUUCCGGAAGAUCUCGAAGGAGUUUGCUGGCAAGGCAUACUUCCGUAAGGUGGACGUGGCCCGGAACCAGCAGCUGGCGCACCAGCAGAACAUCCGUUCCAUGCCGACUUUUCAGUUCUGGCUCCGCGGCAAGAAGCGGCACCAGUUCUCCGGGGCGGACGAGUACUCGCUGAGAGAGUGGACGCAGAAGCUCGUUCAGGAGGCAGAUCGGGAUGACAUCAUUGUCACAAGAGAAGCACUGGAGGAGUUCUACCAGAAGCAUGACCCUGGCAAAGCCACGAAAGAGAGCCUGGACAACAUCAUGCAGAAGAACGGAAAGGACUUUCCCACCAUGGUGCGCUUGCUGAAGAAGAAGUACGGCGAGGCACCGAAAACCACACAGCGACCGAAGCCCGCAAAGGACGAAGCUGACAGCAGCAGCAGCGGCAGCGGAGGAGGAAAGGCUGGACCGAACUUGCAGGCCGCCUCCCUCGACGAGCUGAAGCACGAGCUCGAAAGGCGAGAGGAGGAGGCUGCCGAGGUGAAGGCAGAGGAGGAGGAGCGACGGCUGAGCAACAACCCCUGCACGCUCUACCGGAACCGGACGGCCGGUGCCAUCGAGAGGGUGGUGAUCGUGGGAGGUGGUCCGGCUGGCAUGACGGCGGCUAUCUACGCCGCACGGUCCAACCUGUGCCCGCUGGUCAUCGCGCCCGCCAUUGGUGGCCAGCUCAUGGCCAAGGGCGUAGAUGUGGAGAACUACCCGGGUCUACCGCGCGAAAACGGCGGCGAAAUGAUCCAGGUGAUGAAGCAUCAGGCCCGGAGCUUCUACGCGGAGGUUUGGGACGACUUGGUGGUGUCAGUCAACACCAGCGUGCGGCCCUUUCAGAUUUACACCAACGGCUCGGGCUUGGUCCAAGCGCACACGCUCAUCGCGGCCACGGGAGCGAAUAGCAAGUGGCUCCACGUCAAAGGCGAAUGGGACUACAGAGGCUUCGGUGUCUCCAGCUGUGCCGCGUGCGACGGCUACCUCUUUAAGGGCAAGGCAUGCGCGGUUAUUGGCGGAGGCGACUCUGCCAUGGAAGAGGCCCUGAUGCUGGCGCGGAUCUGCAGCUCCGUCACGCUCAUCCACCGGAGGGACACGUUCCGGGCGAGCUUGGUGCUGCAGCAGCGGGUGCUGAACCACCCGCACAUCUCAGUCCGCUGGAACACAGCAAUAAAACGCUUCGUUGGGCAGACAGCCAGCGACGGCGAAGGGGACGAGCGCAAGGAGCUGACCCACCUCGAGUUGGUGGACACUCAGGACAGCUCCGUUGAGUCCCAGCUACCGGUCGACGCGGCCUUUAUCGCCAUCGGCCACGAUCCCAACACCCGGCUCUUCAAGGGGCAGGUGGACAUGGAUGAGACCGGCUACAUCCACGUGAACGGACCAACGAAGACAUCGGUACCUGGUUUCUUCGCCGCGGGGGACGUAGCAGACAACGUGUAUCGGCAGGCGAUCACCUCCGCGGGAUCCGGAGCGAUGGCCGCGCUCGACGCUGAGAGAUACCUCUCGGAGAACCCUGUGGAGGAGGAGUCGUGCGUUCGACAGGAAGACUUCCAGUCCUGGUCGCUCAAGGAUCUGCGCGAGCAGGUGCGGCUCCUGGGCGUGAAGUGCGUGGCCUGCAGCGAGAAGGCCGACUUCAUCGCUUCCCUCCAGGCAAGCUUUUGA